AUGGUGUCUUUCUCGUGCGAGGCCUGUGGUGACAUCCUCACCAAGAAGAAGCUCGACCCUCAUCGCAACCAAUGUCGCGGCGCAACCUUCACCUGCAUUGACUGCAUGGUGCACUUCCAAGGCACCCAGUAUAGAGCGCAUACGUCUUGUAUGACCGAGGCGCAAAAAUACGAGGGUGCCCUCUACAGAGAGAAACCGAAGAAAAACCAACGCAAUGGCAAGGACAAUGCCCAGCAAAACCAGAAUCAGAAUCAGAAUCAGAAUCAGAACCAGAGGCAGAACCAGAACCAGAAGCCGAACGGCAAUGGCCACCGCGCGCCCUACGUUGAAGACGCUACCGAUGUCGACAAUCCUAAAACCAGCGCGGCACCUCCGCCCGCUCCGACACCCCCCCCUAACGGUACGCAAAAGUCGGAGCAGAAGGACGACAAGCAAGUCAAUGUGUUCGACUUCCUAGUUGCUGAGAACACCCCCAAUGCGUCCAAGGUCUCGCUUGGCGGGCCCAAGGGGCAGAUGCAAAUGGUGGACCACGCGCCGUCGGUCUUCGAGCCGAGCAAGGCCCUGGCACAUCUUAACCCCGAAGCGGAGGACGAGGGUAAGUUUUACGACGUGGCUUACGAGGAAAAUGGAUUCUCUUACGGCGCCGAACCGAUCUCUCCGUCUGCAUACCCGAACAAGAACGCCCCUAACAAUGCUUCAGUAGAAUUCAUGACCCCAGCCCCCAAGAAGAAGAAGGGUAAAUCGCGAGUAGCUGGAGACGCGAGUGCCACUACCAGUGAUAAGAAGAGGAAGCGUCGCACCGAGGACCACGAUAUGGAAGAUGCCGAUACCCCGAUGUUGGAUGCGCCGUCGAGCGUUGUCAACCACCCAGGUACCCCCAUGCUGAACCACUCCGGACUUACCGGAGGUCUCAACCGGAUGAUGCGAUCGCCAUCCCUCGAUGGCGAGGAGGAUCACCCCCAACGACGGUUCCAGGACCCUUCGUCCCCGAUUAAGCGCACGCGUCGGGACGAGAAGGAGAACAAGAGCGAUGCCGGUCUCGGCAUCUCCAUGAAGAAUCGCGCGGGGCGUCUUGUAUCGUCCAUGUUUGGCGGCUCUUCCGUCUCCGGAGGCAGUGGAGUUAGCCACGAGCCCUCUGGAAAGGCCCUGGUUCGAGCGCGACGACGUAGCUCCACGGAUGACGGAAAUGAGCAACUGGAGGUCCGUAACUCCAAGAAGACCCAUCGCGUGCGCAACCCCUCGACGGGUCAGGUAAUUGCGGCGGAUCCUCGCAAGAGCAAGCGCAAGAGCAGCGCUCAGACCGAGGGCGAUCGGCCCUCGCGACGGCUCAAGCAGAUCAACUAUCCCGACCCGGCGCACCCCCAAUCUCCUCGAGGCCAGGAUGGCCAAGUGAUUGUUUAUGGACAACCGAAUAUUCCUAACGAACUGCAGCGAGAAAUGGCCGGGCAUUUCUUGUCCCUGGUGACCAAGGGACCCGAGAGCGGACGCGGCUUCUCCGUGAACAAGGUGCUAAAGCGGUUCCACCGUGACUUCACGGACGAAUUUGACGGUGAUCGCGGACGCCAUCAAGGCCAGAGCCGCGUGGAUCGGGAGCGCAGGACAGACGACGAAAAGGAACUCUGGCGGACAUUGCGUCUGAAGCAGAAUGAGCGCGGGGAGGUGGUGGUCUUCUUUUAG